AUGCCAAAACCGGCUAAAAACACAACUGUCUGGAGAGAGAACAGAAGAAAGCGCGGGUCACAGCCAGACCCUCACAAGAGAAUAAGGGCGGAUCGCAUGCGCUGGUAUCGAGCCAAGAGGGCCUCAUUCAAGAAAGCAAAUGAUAUUUUUGUUGACGGUUUAGAUACUGGCUGUGAUCGGCGUGUUUAUGUUUUGGUCAUGAGCACGAAGCAAUCCCAGGUUCGUUACGCAACAUACGAUUCCCACCCUGAACUGGAAUGGAUCCCAAAUGUUGAAGACGUGAUGAACCACUGGCCUAGACCAGAACUUUGGGACCCAUCUAGCUUUGAUGACACUCAGCAACAAAAAGAAACAGCAGAAGCCAAAAAAGGUCGAACAAAAAAAGCCAUGAGAGUGUCCCGACCACCCAUUCUCAAGAUCUAA